AUAUUUCCAUACCAUCUACCUGGGCGUUCGGAGUCGUCAGAGUGCUGAGACAGAGCGCUGGCGUUACUACUGGAGGAUGGUCUACGAGUUUGCAGAUGUGAGCAUGCUCCAUCUACUGGCCACCUUUCUAGAGAGUGCUCCACAACUGGUGCUGCAGCUGUGCAUUAUCAUACAGACACACAAGCUCCAGGCUGUGCAAGGUAUGACAGCAGCAGCCUCCCUUGUCUCUCUGGCUUGGGCCCUAGCCUCCUACCAGAAGGCCCUGCGAGAGUCUCGGGAUGACAAGAAGCCAAUCAGCUACCUGGCUGUAAUUAUCCAGUUCUGCUGGCACUUUUUCACUAUUGCAGCGAGGGUCAUCACCUUUGCCCUGUUUGCAUCUGUGUUUCAACUCUACUUUGGCAUCUUCAUCGUCCUGCACUGGUGCAUCAUGACCUUCUGGAUUGUCCACUGUGAGACAGACUUCUGCAUUAGCAAGUGGGAGGAGAUUGUGUUUGACAUGGUGGUGGGCAUAAUCUACAUCUUUUCCUGGUUUAACGUCAAAGAAGGAAGGACAAGGUGUCGGCUUUUCAUCUAUUACUUGGUGAUCUUGGUGGAGAAUGCUGCUCUUAGUGCGUUGUGGUAUCUCUACCGAACGCCUCACACCACGGACGCCUUUGCAGUGCCAGCACUAUGCGUCAUCUUCAGCAGUUUCCUCACUGGAGUGGUUUUCAUGCUCAUGUACUAUACCUUUUUCCAUCCCAAUGGGCCACGCUUUGGACGCUCAUUGAGUGGCCAAGGCCUUGACCUGGACCCCACUGCUCAGUUCUCCACACUACCAUCGGAAGGUGCCACCAACUCAUUGCGCUCCAACAGAGGUGCCACCACAACUCUGGAGCGUGACAUGGGGAAGUAUUCUGAGCGGGAUGGCUGCAUGCCAGUGUUUCAGGUCCGACCCACAGUGCCAUCCACUCCAUCGUCUCGUGCUCCACGUCUUGAAGAGACUGUCAUCAAGAUUGACCUUUGUAGGAACCGCUACCCAGCCUGGGAGCGUCAUGUCCUCGACCGCAGUAUACGCAAGGCAAUUCUGGCCAUAGACUGCUCCCUGACUCCUCCACGGCUGCAGUACAAAGAUGAUGCUUUGGUGCAAGAGAGGUUGGAAUAUGAGACCACUUUAUAGUUCCACCCUGCUCUCAGAACCCAUACAGGGGUGCAGCAUCAGAUAUCACAUAAAAAGCAACAGGAAUUGUGGCAAUAAGAAUUUGUUAAUACCAACAAUGUCAGUUUUCAUCUCUGAUUCCCCCUUUUUUUCCAUUCUUCGGCAUCAGCAUCCACCCAGGUGCAUUCAGCACUCUUGGUAAUGAUUGGAAGAGUGAUUUAGCACAAGUUCAGUUGAUGUCUCUGGAUGUAUUUGGGCUCUUUGUAGGUUUGUUGCUCUAAUUUUUUUCAUCCACUCAUCAGGUAAAUCCUGUGUAGUACAAACUAAAUGCAAAUCAAGAGAGCGCUUCAACACUCUACUCCUUAAAAGAAACUGAUGCACUGUUUGCUCGAGUUUGGAAAAGUUAGGGAUAAAAUAAGCAUAUGUCCAUGUCCACUCUGAUAAAUUUUAUGUCAUUAGAUAUUCCUCUUUAACCUAAAUGAUAUCAGAAUUAAACUGAAAUUCCUGUAAUUCAACGAGGAAAGGAAUCAAUCCCGCAUUCAUUCCCAGUAGAAAACUAUCAUAUCUGUCUUUACACGUUGGUGUUCUACUGUUCUGAUUGUGUGAUCCCAUAGCAGCCACAA